AUGCCUUGUACACAAUGCAUGGCUCCAUAUACUGCUCGUCGAAAGGAGCACGGUUGCUCGAGUUGUGGUUUCGGUUUUUGUGCGAACUGUUUGAAUCACAGAGCGGUUGUGUCCACUCUCAGCGAUAAGCCCGUAUCCGUUUGUAUCAAUUGCUAUCGAAAGCUCACUCAACCGAGUCCAACCGAGGUUAAAUAUCCUGCUCUAGUCGAUCACAAUAUACGACUGAAUCCGGAUGGCACAUGGUGGGCACCUGAUGAAUUGCCACCACCUUCAAUGCGACAAGACUACGCUUCUGCAUCUACCUCGCACAUUCUUCCAUCUCUUUAUCCAAGUUUGAUACUGAAAGGUGCAGGAACAGGAGCUGGUGGCCCUAUCGGUCGUGGUUAUCAUCAGCAUUUUGAACGAUCAGUACCAGUUCGUCCCCCACCACCAUAUUCAGCAGUUUCUCAUGAUUACCGCAGUGUUGGUGCCGUAAGGCAACCGCUCACACCUCGGGACGACUCGGUAGAUUUGCAGAAACGAUUGGAUAAACUCAAAGAAGAGCGAGCAUUUCUGGAACAAGCAGUUUCUUCUCAUGAUCCUCGCGGCGUUGAUGCCGUAAGGCAACCGCUGGCACCUCGGGAUGACCCAGCAACUAUGCAGAAACGACUGGAUAAACUCAAAGAAGAACGAGCAUUUUUGGAGCAAGGAUCAGUGAAGCCAGCAGCGAGCGUGACUGAAAUUGAAGAACGUUUAGCAGCUCUGCGUGGUGUUUCUGUUGAAGAGAUUCGACAUCCAUCAUUGAUCUUCACGAGGAGGAAAGACGAACAAGUGAAACACGAAACUGUGAACGAUUUGAUUGAAAAGGCUCGUGAUGAAGUUCGAAUCGAAAAGAAAUGGGAUCCGGUCAGACAGUUGGAAGAACGCUAUAAUCAGUAUCAUAACAUUCAAGUGAACAACGACGAUGAAAAUAAUGCGGAAAAAGAUUUAGAAGAAAUAGCACAACUUGCUAAAAGAGAUAAAUUUUGUGGUUUGUUUAUGAAUUUAUUCGGAAAGCAAACAAUCCCAUCCUGA